AUGAGUCGGGAGGCAUAAUAGAAAGUUUUUCUGAAUAGAUUUGUAGUGAAGAAAAAAAUCUCAUCGGGAGCUUUUGGAGUGGUAUUUCUUGUUUUAGAUAAAUAAACAAACUAAGAACAUGCACUAAAAUUAGAAAAAGAAGAUAAUGAAGAGAUGAGAUCUUUAGAAAGGGAAGUGGAAAUUCUGAAAUAACUCAAUGAAGCAGAGGGGACUCCGAAAUUGAUAUGGUUUGGGACAGAGGAUGAAUUCAAUCUCAUGGUUAUACAAUUAUUAGGCAGAGAUCUGUCAUUCUACUUUAGGCAAUAAAAAAAAUUCAGUCUUAAAUGCUCCGUCUAGAUUGCAUAUGACUGUGUGUCAAUACUGAGAAAUAUACACAGUAGGAAUGUUAUCCAUAGAGAUUUGAAACCUGAAAAUAUUUUGAUGUCCAAAGAUAAUGAAAGUCUAUAUAUUGUUGACUUUGGUAUUAGUAAGGUUUAUUGCGUUUAGGGUGAACAUAUGUACAUUUUGCCAUUUCGCAAAGAUAAAACAUUUAUGGGUACUCCAAGGUAUGCCUCAAUUGCAGCGCAUUAAGGCCAUGAAAUAGCCAGGAAAGAUGACAUAGAAUCCUUAUUUUAUGUUGUUCUCUACUUUCUGCGUGGUAGCUUGCCUUGGUAAAAUUUGCCUGUCUCCGAAAACGAAAGAACCAAAGCGGUUGGAGACAUAAAGUAAAACAUUGAUCUAAACGAUUUAUGUGCCAAUCAACCUCACGAAUUAGUGGAGAUCUUGCAAUACAUCAAGACCUUGAGUUUUGCAGAUGAACCUAAUUACUAAUACAUUUUGUAAUUGCUUAAUUAGAUUGCUGAAAACAACUAAUUCAUAUUGGAUGGCAUUUACGAUUGGACGGAAGGUCUAAUGAAAUCUACCAAAAAGUUCAGUUCUCUGGAAUCAAAGAGAUCAUUCGAAUUUAACAAGAUAAAAGAACACUCUCCAGGACCUGUAAUGAAAAGUUCAUCCAAGUUAUCCAAUUAAAUAAUUUGGACAAUCAAUGAAUAACCAUAACACGGACAAUUUCAAAAUUCAUAGUAACAUUUGUUGUAACCUCCUGACCCAAAUAAGAAGCCAGGCCAAAGGAGCGAUUUUAGACAUCUUUCAAAUUCAUCUUCGAAUUCCAAUGUUGGAUCUUUUAGUUCAAUGAAGAUAAAGUACUUGCCAUCUUAAGUUGAAAUUGAAAAGCCGUCUUUAUUUCCCAAAUGGGAAAGGACUUGCGUUUAAUAGGAUUCCCAAUAUCAAGAUUGGAUGGAUGAGAACAAUUUUGAAAUUCCUUUAGAAAUGAAAUACAAAAAUUACACCAAGAUUCAAUUAUUAGAGUAUGUAUACUGA